AUGCGGCCACGGUCUGCGCCACUUCCCCGGGCGCAGAAGAGAUACAUUACACAAAAUUAUCUUAAGAGGGUAGAAGAUGGGAAGAAGGAGUGGGCCCGACACGCAAAGGAGAUUAAGGCAGGAAAGAGGAAUAACUUCGCAGCUCAUUUGGAGGAGCGAGGUCUUCUUCACGAUGUAGUCGGUGAGCGCGAAUUGCUUCAUCGGCUGUUCACGGAGAAGAGGACUGGUAUAUAUGUUGGAAUUGAUCCCACUGCACCAUCAAUGCAUGUUGGGCAUAUGUUGCCGUUUAUGGUUCUGGCCUGGGGGUAUGUUUGGGGUCUCCCAGUGACAUUCUUGCUGGGAGGUGCUACAUCUCGAGUUGGUGAUCCUACAGGCCGUUUGAAGGGGCGGGAACAGGUCACAUCAUCGAUUCGCAAGGCGAACAUGGCAAGUAUGCACAUGCAGCUCAAGAAGUUAGGCACAAGCAUUGAGCAUUACGGCAGACGACACGGCUACGAGAGACAAAUGAUUUGGAAACGAGCAUUAGUAAACAACAAUACUUGGUGGAAUUCUAUGCCAUUUAUAGAAGUUUUGCGGGAUCUUGGUGCAUUCAUGCGACUUGGGCCUAUGCUUGGCAGAGAUACGGUCAAGAAUCGGAUGAAUCAAGGCGAUGGUAUGUCUUUUGCAGAAUUUUCCUACCCGCUUCUUCAGGCGUGGGAUUGGUGGACGCUGUUCCAAAAGGGCACCCAGGUUCAAGUGGGAGGAUCUGAUCAGUAUGGAAAUAUUAUCUUCGGAAUGGAGGCCGUAAAGGCUAUCAGUCGCAAUACUGCUGAUGAGCAGCUCCGAAGUCCGUUGGAGUCGGAGCUGGAGCGCCCCAUUGGAUUCACUACGCCGCUGUUGACAGCACCAUCUGGCGAGAAGUUUGGCAAGUCUGCAGGUAAUGCGAUCUGGCUUGACAAGGACAUGACCUCGACCUUUGAACUAUAUCAGUUCUUUGUGCGCACUCCCGAUGAUACCGUGGAGAGAUACCUGAAGUUGUUCACUUUUAUUCCUUUGCCUGAGAUUGCUUCCAUUAUGGAAGAGUCCAACAAGGAUCCAUCCAAGCGAGUUGCACAGCACAAAUUGGCGUAUGAGUUUGUCGAGUUGGUGCAUGGUAAACAAGAGGCAGAUGCUGUAUCACUUCAACAUCGCCAACUUUUCCGUCCCCGAUCUUCUACCAGCGAGCCUUCCCCUAUGCCUCGGUCCUCGGCUCCUCCUGCCAGUCAUUCACUGUCUCCAACAGCGGGAAUGGAGACUCCUCAGUCUGGUAACCCAUACGCCUCCCAGGUCAACUUCGCCAACAUGCCCAAUGCCAGAGUUACCCUUCCCAAGUCGCUUGUCUUCAACCAACCUUUCAAUAAGAUUCUUUGGUCGUCUGGCCUUGUAGCAUCAAAGGGCGAGGGUCACCGUGUCAUCACGAACAAUGGCGCCUCUGUGGGCAGUCGUCCUGGAGACAGCGGCCCCAUGUCGGAUGAUCUCGCAUUUACUCCUAUCCGUGUCUGGCCGGCAGACAAGACCAAAGAAUUUGUCCUCGACAAUAAUCUGCUGAUGUUGAAAUUGGGCAAAUGGAAGUUCAAGAUGGUCGAGAUCAUCAGCGACGAGGAAUUCCGAGAGAAAGGCUUGACUGCGCCGGGUUGGGAGGAGCAUACUGAAUCCACUGACAUUCAAAUCAGUGGAUCUAUCACAUUUCGUAAUGAAACGGGAACGCCAAGACCCGCCGCUUUACGCGUCGACGCGACUCUCGCGACCAAUUUCUCACUUCCCCAAGGCAAGGCUCAUAAUACUCUCAACCAUCAUAGAAUCGCCCACUGCGACGCCCCCUCCGCAGCUCUAAAGCGAGCGACCUCUAGCACACAGAACAUGAAGAACCAGAAAUCAAUUCUUGGUUUUUUCCAAAAGUCAUCCCCUGCCACUCCAUCCAGUGCAAAGGUCCGCGAGCCUGCCUCUUCCCCAGCACAAAGAGCAUCUGAGCAGCGUGGUGCUAGUUCCGCCAAACAAACCCCCGGCCAGAAAAGGACCUUCUCGAGCUUCGCUCAUGACUUGACACCUAUCCCCAGUAGCGAUGUGCCUAUUCCUGAUGAAGAGGAGGAAUAUGGUGAUAAUCUGAAGGCAGCCAGCGAUGCGACCAUGACUCCUUCUCAUAGGCCCAAGAAGCAGGUUAGCUACAAGGAGUCUGAUUCGGAGGGUGAAGACAACGAAGUCAUCUUCCGUCCUGGUCGAAAGGGCGCCGCUGGGGGUCGAGCCACCAAGAGACAAAAGACUGUGCUUGACGAAAGCGAUGAAGAGUUUGAGGGGGCUGCCGAUGUGGCAGGAUAUUCUGACGAUGAUGAAAUGGACGACUUUGUUGUUCCAGACGACUCAGAUGAAGAUGUCGCUCCUGUGAAGCGAAAGAAAUCUGCUCCUCAAUCUUCUCGCAAGAGCUCAAACAUAUCGUCGUCUUUACCGCCGCCUCCGCCAGUCGAUGAAGAUAUUGACAUAGAACUCCCCGAAGGUUCUGGAGGUAGUGCCAGCCAGUGGACUUUCGAUCCAGAAAACAAGGAGCCUCGAAAGGAAAGAGCGGCUAAGACCCCGAAGACACCAGGGAGUGUGAAGAAAGAAAAGGCACAUGUUAAAGAUCCCGAACAGCGAUAUCCGUGGCUUGCAAAUGUCAAGGAUAUGGAUGGCAAUCCUCGGGACCACCCUGACUAUGACCCUCGAACAAUCUAUGUUCCCCCUCUAGCCUGGUCCAAGUUCUCGCCGUUCGAAAAGCAAUACUGGGAAAUUAAGCAGAAGUUUUGGGAUACGGUUGUCUUCUUCAAGAAGGGAAAGUUCUACGAACUCUACGAGAAUGAUGCCACCAUCGGCCACCAGCUCUUUGAUUUGAAGCUUACUGAUCGAGUGAACAUGCGCAUGGUUGGUGUUCCAGAGAUGAGUCUCUCUCAUUGGGCCAACCAGUUCGUGGCUAAGGGAUACAAAAUUGCUCGUGUUGACCAGUCUGAAUCGGCAUUGGGCAAGGAGAUGCGUGAGAGGGAUGCCAAGAAAAAAGAAGACAAGAUCAUUAAGCGAGAGCUUGCCUGUGUACUCACCGCAGGUACUCUAGUUGAUGGAUCGAUGCUCACAGAUGACAUGUCUACAUACUGUGUAGCCAUCAAGGAGGCUAUUGUGGAUGACCUUCCAGCCUUUGGUCUCGCCUUUGUCGACACAGCUACAGGCCAGUUUUUCUUGUCUGAAUUUGUAGACGAUGUGGACAUGACCAAAUUCGAGACUUUUGUUGCGCAAACCCGCCCACAAGAAGUCUUGCUUGAGAAGUCGUAUGUCUCUCAGAAGGUAAUGCGAAUUCUGAAGAACAAUACAGGACCCACUACUAUCUGGAAUUAUCUCAAGCCUGGUAAGGAGUUCUGGGAGGCUGAUAUCACGCUGCGAGAACUUGAUGUGAACAAGUACUUCGAGUGUGAAGACAAUGAUGACAGCAAGGCAUGGCCUGAAGCUCUCCAGCAGGCACGAGAGAAGGAGCUGCUUAUGUCUGCCUUUGGUGCUCUCGUUCAAUACCUGCGGGUCUUGAAAAUUGAGCGCGACUUGAUCACCAUCGGCAACUUUUCAUGGUAUGACCCGAUCAAGAAGGCGUCUAGCCUGGUACUGGACGGCCAGACGUUGAUCAAUAUGGAGAUUUUCGCCAAUUCCUUUGAUGGAGGCAUCGAAGGUACUUUGUUCCAACUUCUCAAUCGAUGCAUUACACCGUUCGGCAAGCGAACUUUCAAGCAAUGGGUGUGUCAUCCUUUGAUGGACGCAAAGAAGAUCAAUGCUCGGUUGGAUGCGGUGGAGGCUCUCAACGCAGACCCCAGUACCCGUGACCAAUUCUCCUCGCAGUUGGUCAAGAUGCCUGACUUAGAACGACUAAUCUCCCGUAUACAUGCGAAAGUCUGUAAAGCCCAGGAUUUCGUGCGUGUUCUGGAGGGGUUUGAGCAAAUUGACUACACUAUGGGUCUUCUUCAAGAGUCCGGCGCUGGCGAAGGCAUCAUAGGACAACUGAUCUCUGCAAUGCCCGAUCUGACCUCCUUGCUGACGUACUGGAAGACCGCAUUUGAUCGAUCGAAGGCCAAGGAAAAUGGCAUUCUCGUCCCAGAGUCCGGGGUUGAAGCUGAUUUCGAUAACUCUCAGGAAGUCAUUGAGGGGUUGGAGAAGGAUCUUGAUGAUCUACUAAAGAAGGCUCGUCGCGAUUUGGGCUCCACUGCUAUCUGCUACCGUGAUAACGGCAAAGAAAUCUAUCAGCUUGAAGUGCCCGUCAAGGUCAAGAACAUACCGAAAAACUGGGAUCAGAUGUCUGCUACCAAACAGGUGAAGCGGUAUUACUUCCCCGAACUCAGAAGUGUGAUCCGCAAGCUGCAGGAAGCACAGGAAACUCAUGGUCAGAUCGUCAAAGAAGUUGCUGGUCGAUUUCAUGCUCGAUUUGAUGAACACUACGGCACAUGGCUUGCGGCUGUUCGAAUCAUUUCGCAACUGGAUUGUUUAAUCAGUCUUGCGAAGGCCUCAUCAGCCUUAGGCCAGCCUAGUUGCCGACCUGAAUUCGUCGAAGGUGAACGGAGUGUCCUUGAAUUUGAAGAACUGCGUCAUCCUUGUCUUCUCUCUGCCGUGGAAGAUUUCAUCCCCAACGAUAUUCAGCUUGGUGGUAAACACGCAAAUAUCGAUCUCCUAACUGGAGCCAAUGCUGCUGGAAAGUCCACUGUUCUUCGUAUGACAUGUGUUGCCGUCAUCAUGGCUCAAAUUGGUUGUUAUGUCCCCUGCAAGUCUGCCCGCCUAACUCCCGUAGACCGCAUCAUGUCACGUCUAGGUGCCAAUGAUAAUAUCUUCGCUGCACAAUCCACAUUCUUCGUCGAGCUCUCCGAGACAAAGAAGAUUUUAUCCGACGCUACCCCCCGCUCGCUAGUCAUUCUCGACGAGCUAGGUCGUGGAACCAGUUCAUACGACGGUGUGGCUGUUGCGCAGGCAGUUCUGCACCACAUCGCCACUCACAUUGGAGCCCUAGGAUUCUUUGCCACGCAUUACCAUUCCCUCGCUUCCGAGUUCGAGGGUCAUCCAGAGAUCGCACCCAAGCGCAUGGCAAUCCAUGUUGAUGGCACAGAGCGCCGCGUGACAUUCCUCUACAAGCUGGAAAGUGGCGUUGCCGAGGGCAGUUUCGGUAUGCAUUGCGCGGCCAUGUGCGGUAUUUCUAACAAAGUCAUUGAGCGCGCUGAAGUCGCUGCUAAACAGUGGGAGCACACCAGCCGACUGAAAGAGAGUUUGGAGCGCCGCAAGGGUGGAGGCUAUGUGGGUCUGGGCUGGUGGAGCGACGUUGCCUGGGCAUUGCGAGACCCUGCUGAUGACAAACUUGACUCUGGUGAUGUUACUGACCUUGGCUUAGAGGUUUUGCGCAAGGCUAUUGAGGCGCUUUAA